GGUGUAGGUCGUCGUGCGGGCAUACCUACAGCCUGCAGAUUUUAUUGCGUAAUCGGAAACAGUUUAUUUCGUCGCCUGUAUAAUUUAUCUUUUAUAUUAGACAUAGUUUAAGUGUUUAUUAAUUAUUAAAUCUGAAUAUAUGUGAAAAAAGUGUGCAUCUCAAAAUAAAAAGUGUGCUGUGAAUAUGCAAUUUGGCUGACCAUAAAGCGUGCAUUGCGGACCAAGGUCAGCACGGGCGACACGAUGCACCAUGACGCGGGCGACGGUCUCGAGUCCGGUUCGCUGUAUCUGGAACUUCAAGUUCUGCCGUCGCAUUUCACCGCGGGGCCGGGAGUUCUCAUCUUGCGCUGCACGUCUCACGUAGCCGCUCUGUACAUGCAGAGCGCGGAAGUGUCAAUCGGUUUCCCGGCUAGGGACCCCAUACCAGCUAGAGUAACAUCUGCAGCGGACAAGCACAUAUUGCAGAAGAAAAUAAUAAUACAACUUAUAACAGCGCUUCUCAUGUUUUUCACUAUUAACAGAUAGUUCCAUUAAACAAGUUUUUUGUUUCGGACAGUCCUAUCUAGAAUUA